AUGAUUAUACAACUAGUAUUUACAUUAUUAUCACUCAUCACUCUUAUCAACGCCUUAACAGGUAACCAUUCCCUAGAAGCCACUUAUGAAGAAGACGUUCACACAAUCCAAACCAUAAAAGUUGUAGGGAACAAAUUUUUCUUAUCCCAAACAGGUGAACAAUUCUUUAUCAAAGGAAUUUCAUAUCAAAAAACCAGACAAGAAGGAGAAAUGUAUGACAAUUCAAAAGAACCUCAUUAUAUCGAUUCAAUGGCAAAUCCAUUUUCAUGUUUAAGAGAUUUAGAAUAUUUGAAAGAAUUAGGGGUUAAUCUUGUAAGAGUUUAUCAAAUUUUACCAACCGCCAAUCAUGAUGUUUGUAUGAAUGCAUUUGCAGAAGCGGGGAUAUAUGUAUUAGCUGAUCUCUCGGAACCAUAUCUUUCAAUUAGAAGAGAUUUUCCACAUUGGGAUACUCAAUUAUUACUGAGAUAUCAACAAGUCAUUGAUUCAAUGCAUAAGUAUGAUAAUGUUUUGGGAUUUUUUGCGGGCAAUGAGGUUACAAAUUCACCAAUGACAACUGCGGCUUCACCAUUUGUUAGGGCAGCAAUUAGGGAUUCUAAGGCAUAUAUUAAGAAGAAGGGAUAUAGAAAGAUUCCAAUUGGAUAUGCUUCGAAUGAUGAUACUGCAUUUAGAGACAAUUUGGCCAAUUAUUUUGUAUGCAAUAUUGAUGGGUCAGAUGAUGGUUCAGUGGACUUUUUUGCCAUUAAUGUAUAUGAAUGGUGUGGAUAUUCUACUUAUUCCACUUCUGGAUAUAGACAUUUAACUGUUGAAUUCAGUGAUUUCCCAGUUCCGAUCUUUUUCAGUGAAUAUGGUUGUAAUAUUGUUUCUCCAAGACCAUUUACAGAAGUUGAAGCCAUUUAUGGAACUACCAUGUCAAAAGUAUUUUCAGGAGGUAUAGCAUAUGAAUAUUACGAAGAAGUUAAUCAUUAUGGUAUUGUUAUUGAGAAGAAGGAUGGACAGAUUGUUAAGUUGGCAGAUUUUGAUACAUUGAAAUUCAGACUUGAAUCAGCUGCUCCAAAGGGUAUUUCCAUUGAUCAAGUUUCAAAACCAGCUGAAAUUGUUUGCAAUAAACCUGACGGAUUAUGGGAUGUUUCAUUUAGUUUACCUCAUGCUCCAGAUGAAGGGAAAUGUGAAUGUUUACUCAAAUCUUUAGAUUGUAUUAUCCCCAAAGAUAGAGCCUUUGAUGAAGUAUCUUUCCUUUCCAAAAUAUGUCAAGAAGUAGAUUGUGAUGCAAUUUCAGCUGAUGGAAGAUUAGGAAAAUAUGGUCUUUAUUCCGAUUGUGAUUCAAGAACAAGAGCGUCUUUAAUAUUGAAUGAUUUCUAUCAUGAUGCUAAUGAGAGUCAAGAAGUUUGUUACAAUGGAUAUGGAGAAGUUAUUAGAAAAGAUCAAUCACUUGGUUUGAAUGCACUUUUCUCAUCCGAUGGAAGGAAUUGUUAUAAAGUUCUUAAUCCAAAGUUAUUAGACGAAGAGAAAUUAUCAAAUGUAUCAGCCAUCCCAGUGGUUUCCACUAACAAGACUAAACUUCCUGAAGAAUUCAAAAAGGAACAUAACAAGAAGAAACUUAACGCUACUAUUUCUGUCAACUCAUCUGAUGGUGAACGUGUUUUUAUCCAUUGCUGGUAUUGUUUCCUUCAAGCUAUUAUUGCACUUGUAACCUUUCUAAUCUAG